AUGGCCCAACCAAACCAAAGAGGUCCCCAACAGCCUAACCAGAACAAGGGAGGUCCACAACGACCCAACCAAAACGCUAGAGGGAACCCAAAGGGCAACGGGGGCCCAAGGGCACCGCAAGCACCAAGGGCCUACGCUAUGGACCAGCAAGAGGCAGCUGGAACCCAGGGGAACUUAGUAGGUAUGAUCACCAUAGCCGGAGAAAGCAUUUUGGCAUUAUUUGAUACUGGUGCCUCGCAUUCUUUUAUUUCCAAUGUUGUGUGUGAUGCACUAGAUAUUGUGCCUACUAGGGCAGAUAAAGAACUAGAGGUACUCACCCCUUCAGGGAAAACGAUGAGAACAAGGGAAGUUUGCUUGAAUUUAGAACUAAACCUAGAAGGACAUAAGUUCCUCGCUAGUCCUAAGGUACUCUUUAUGAUCGACUUCGACCUUAUCCUGGGAAUGGAUUGGCUGUCAGCCAACAGGGCAACGAUAAAUUGUCAAGAUAGGGAGGUCAUCUUCUCACCACCAGGAAAAGAGCAGAUCACCUACCAUGGAGCCAUGGUAGGGUCCAGCAAAAAGAUAACGGUUAUCACUGCAAUGAAAGCCGUCAAGUUACUACACAAAGGAAAAUGUCAAGCUUUCCUAGUGUGCAUCACUAAGAAAGGGAAUAACGGGGUAAACCUGGAAGACGUUCCACUAGUACGUGAAUACCCAGAUGUAUUUCCAGAAGAGCUACCGGGUCUACCGCCAACUCGUCAACUUGAGUUCACAAUAGACUUAGAACCCGACGCCGCACCUAUUUCAAAAGCACCAUACCGUAUGGCGCCCAAAGAGCUGCAAGAACUGAAAAUCCAAUUGCAGGAGCUUCUACAGCUUGGGUUUAUCCGCCCAAGUGUAUCACCAUGGGGAGCACCAAUUCUGUUCGUGAAGAAGAAGGAUGGAUCGCUCAGAAUGUGCAUUGAUUACAGAUAG